AUGGCUACACUAAACGAUAUCGGAGUAGCAACAGCGAUCAACAUACUAACCGCAUUCGCGUUCUUCAUCGCCUUUGCGAUACUUAGGCUUCAACCUGUUAAUGACAGAGUCUAUUUCCCUAAAUGGUAUCUCAAGGGUUUAAGGAGUAGCCCUAUUCAAUCAGGUGGCUUCGUUAGCAAGUUUGUCAAUUUGGAUUUUCGAUCUUACGUUCGAUUCUUGAAUUGGAUGCCUCAAGCACUUAGAAUGCCUGAGCCUGAGCUCACUGAUCAUGCUGGUUUGGAUUCUGUUGUCUACUUGAGGAUUUACUUACUCGGGUUGAAGAUCUUUUUCCCAAUAGCAUGUCUAGCUUUCACUGUAAUGGUGCCGGUUAAUUGGACUAACUCCACAUUGGAUAAGUUACAGAAUCUGACUUUCAGUGACAUUGAUAAACUCUCUAUAUCAAAUAUACCGAAUGGAUCAUCGAGGUUUUGGGUGCAUUUGUGUAUGGCUUAUGCUAUUACUUUCUGGACUUGCUUUGUCCUGAAACGAGAGUACAAGAUUAUCGGUUCCAUGAGGCUACAGUUUCUUGCAUCCGAGCAAAGGAGACCUGACCAGUUUACUGUCCUGGUGAGGAACAUUCCUCCAGAUCCUGAUGAAUCAGUCAGUGAGCUUGUUGAACAUUUCUUUAAGGUCAACCAUCCAGACUACUACCUCACUUACCAGGCGGUCUACAACGCGAACAAACUUUCUGAAUUGGUUCAGAAGAGAAAAAAUUUGCAGAAUUGGCUUGAUUACUAUGAAAACAAACAGUCUAGGAAUCCAUCUAAAAGGCCUGUAAUAAAGACAGGUGUUCUUGGCUGUUGGGGUGUAGAAGUUGAUGCAAUCGAUCACUACACGGAAAAAAUCGAGGGUCUAACGAGAAAAAUAAGCGUAGAGAAGGAGACGGUAAUGAGCAGCACAAAAUCGCUCGUGCCCGCAGCUUUUGUAUCCUUCAAAAGGCGUUGGGGAGCAGUUGUUUGCUCUCAAACUCAACAGUCAAGAAAUCCGACAGAGUGGCUAACCGAGUGGGCACCAGAACCCCGUGAUAUCUACUGGGACAAUCUAGCAUUACCAUAUGUUCAACUUACAAUCCGAAGACUAGUAAUAGCCGUCGCUUUCUUCUUCCUCACUUUCUUCUUCAUGAUUCCCAUAGCAUUUGUGCAGACACUUGCCAACAUCGAAGGCAUCGAAAAGGCUGUGCCUUUCUUGAAACCUCUCAUCGAAAUGAAGACGAUAAAGUCAUUCAUCCAAGGUUUCCUUCCGGGUAUCGCAUUGAAGAUAUUUCUCAUUGUCCUCCCAAGUAUACUGAUGCUAAUGUCGAAAUUCGAAGGUUUCAUAAGUAAAUCUUCGUUAGAAAGACGAUGCGCGAGCAGAUACUACAUGUUCCAGUUCAUCAACGUUUUCCUCUGUAGCAUAAUCGCCGGUACCGCGCUUCAACAGCUUAACAGCUUCUUAAACCAAUCUGCAACCGAAAUCCCCAAGACGAUCGGUGUGUCAAUACCGAUGAAAGCCACUUUCUUUAUAACCUACAUAAUGGUGGACGGAUGGGCCGGUGUUGCGGGAGAGAUACUGAGGUUGAAGCCAUUGAUAAUCUAUCAUCUCAAAAACUCCUUCCUUGUGAAAACAGAGAAAGACAGAGAAGAAGCAAUGGAUCCAGGAACCUUAGGAUUCAAUACCGGUGAACCACAAAUACAACUCUACUUCAUUCUCGGUCUAGUUUACGCCGCUGUUAGCCCCAUUCUCCUUCCUUUUAUCCUCGUCUUCUUCGCCUUAGCUUACGUGGUUUACCGUCAUCAGAUUAUAAAUGUGUAUAACCAAGAGUAUGAGAGUGCUGGAUCAUUCUGGCCUGAUGUUCAUAGACGUGUAGUGAUUGCUCUGAUCGUAUCUCAGCUUCUUUUGAUGGGAUUACUUAGCACGAAACGAGCUUCUCGUUCGACUCCAUUGCUUUUUAUACUUCCUGUGUUAACCAUUGGGUUCCACAAAUUCUGCAAAGGACGUUACGAACCUGUCUUUGUCAGAUACCCAUUACAGGAUGCAAUGGUUAAAGAUACGUUGGAACGCACCAAGGAACCGAAUUUGAACUUGAAAACGUUUCUUCAAAACGCUUAUGCACACCCGGUGUUUAAGGCCGCGGAUGAUCUAGAGAAUGAGAUGGUUGUGGAGGAGCCGGCGCCUGAUCGGACGCCGGAUUUAGUGGCGACUAAACGCAGCUCAAGGAGGUUUCAUAGUGGCAAUGUUAUGGAAGAAAUUUUCCAUCUUCAUUAA